AUGUCACGCACCGAGAAUCACGCUUUGAUCUUUGGAGCUUCCGGAAUUUCUGGCUGGUCUCUGAUGAACCAAUGUCUCCAAUAUCCUUCAAAAGACUCAUUCCAAAGUGUGACUGGGCUCUGUAACAGACCGCUGUCGAAAAAAGACGCCUACCUUCCCGAUGAUGAUCGACUCAGCAUAGUCUCCGGGGUUGACCUGACACAGCCCGUGAAGGUGGUCACAGACCAAUUGAAGAAAAUUGCAAACAUUGGGUCGAUCAAUGUUGUUUUCUUUGCCGCUUAUAUCGACGGCUCGGACUUUGCGUCUCGACGACAACUGAAUACCUUGAUUCUCCAAACAGCUAUCGAGAGCGUCCAGAAUGCUGGUGCCAACCUGCAAACAGUGAUAUUGCAAACAGGUGGAAAGGGAUACGGACUAGAAUUCUCCAAGGAACUCGAAAUCCAACCCCCUCUUCGUGAAUCUAUGCCUCGUAUCCCAGAGCCAUGGAAAAGCAACAUAUUCUACUAUGAGCAGUAUGAUAUGCUGGAUGCACUCUCAGAGGGCGGCAAGAAGUGGACAUUUUCCGAAAUCCGACCAGAUGGUAUCAUAGGAUUCGUCCCCGGUUCAAAUGCCAUGAACCUUGCUCAGGGCAUCGCCUUAUACCUCAGUUUGUACCGAGAGGUCCAUGGCCCUGGGGCGAAAAUAUCCUUCCCUGGAACGACGCACGGCUACCACUCUACACACAGCGAUACGUUCCAGGAUAUUCUUUCCAAAAUGGAGAUUUUCGCUGCCUUGAACCGUGACCGAUGCUCUCAUGGCUCCUCCUUCAACGUCGCGGAUGGCCACGCAGUUAGCUGGGCCCAGGUCUGGCCGGGUAUUUGUGCGUACUUUGGCUUGGUCGGGGACGGGCCUGGAGAUCAAGUGGUGAAAGUGCAGCAAUUUGUGUCUGACCACCAAGAGACAUGGAAACAACUAGCAAAUGAUCGUGGACUUCGGGCUGGAUCUAUUGCGGAUUUCAAUUGGCCUUUUGUCCAUUUCAUGAUGGUUGAGUUUGAUUUCGAUCGCCAGUAUUCCCUUGACGCGGCUCGUUCGGUCGGAUUCGAAGAGUCUAUUGAGACCGUGCAGGGAUAUCGUUGUGCAUUUGACAGAAUGGCAAAAGCGAAGUUGAUUCCUUCUUAUUGA